AUGUUUCUGAAAUCAACAACGAAGGCAUUCUCUCAUAUAUUACUCCUUUUAAUAUUAACACUCCGAUUAGCAAUGUCUCAGGAUGUAUUCUCCUUUAAAGGUUGUUAUUCAAAAUCUGAUAUGGAUUCGCUUUCUUUAGAAUCACAAGGUUCAUACACUUAUCAAUCGCCUUCCUAUUGUCAAGAUCAAUGUUCUAAUUAUGAGUUUUAUGGCUUAAUGGAUGGUGGAGACUGUUAUUGUGGUAACUCUUUGAAAAGCCUUUUACAAUUAACUACUGUAGAUUCAAGUGAAUGUUCAACAAAUUGCAACGGAUGGCCUGAUGAUAAAUGUGGUGGACCAAGUGCUAUGGAUGUUUAUGGGAAUGAUGCAGCUUUAGUUGCAUCAAACACUGAAUCAUCUGGAUCAUCUACUGCUACAUCGUCAAGUUCCUCCUCUCGUUCUACAUCAAGUAGCAGUAAAAGCUCUAGUAAUACUAACAGCCAGAGUAAAUCCUCUAAUUCAGUCACGUCUUCUAGAUCUACUAGUGAUAGCGACUCCAUCAGCAGCAGUAGCAGCAGUAGCGGCAGUAGCAGUAGCAGCAGCAGUAGCAGCAGUAGCAGCAGCAGCAGCAGCAGCAUUACUAGUAGUAGCAGUUCCAGUUCAGAAACUUCAUCCUCUUCAGGAUCGUCAAAAUCUUCAACUACUAUUUUAACAUCGUUACAAUACACUACUAUGGUCGUUACAAAAUCUGUAGUCUCAGCAUCUGAUCAAACACCUGCUACAAUUUAUGUCACUACAACAUCUUUGGUUCAAACUGUUUCACCAACAGUAGAAUCAUUAAACAAUAAAAAUAGCUCUAAUUCAAAGAGUUCAAGUUUGAGCGGGGGCGCAAUCGCAGGUAUUGUCAUUGGUGUCGUCUUUGGUACUUUAUUUGCAAUAUUAGCAAUAUAUUUCUUUUUCUUUCAUAGACGUAAUAGAAAGGAUAAUAGUGUUGAUUUGGAAGAAACUAAACAUUAUCAACCUUAUUCAUUUGGUGAUGAGAAUGCUACACCAAUCAUUUUACCACCUUCAUCUGCAACAUCAAAUUGGAGAAUUCCAUCAAGACAUAAUACUACAAAUACUAACACGCGUAGUAAUACUAAUUCAUCAUUUAGUAAUUUCUCAAUGCCUUUGAAAAAUGGUAAUGAAAUGUUAGAUGCAAAUUCUAAUUCAACAAUCAAUAGAACCUCCAUGCAUAACCUAACCCCAAAGAUUAAACAUCCAUCUACUGUAUUUGAAGAACCAAUCCCAUUUGUCGAUUCAGGAAAUCAAAGAUUUAGCACAUCUUCACUUCCUGAUAUGAUGGAACAAAGACCUCCUUUGAGAAUUGUUAACCCAGAUGAUAACAAUUCUUUGGCAAAGCAUGAAACUAAUAAACUGGAACAAUUUAUUAGUAGAAACGAUAACAAUCUCAACCUUGAUGACAGUUAUGUCGAUCUAUCAAGAUCGUCAGAUGAUCAUUCUUAUAAUGAGAAAAUAUCAGAAAAUAGUUAA